AUGGCUUUGAGGCUGAUAACAGGGUGUAUCCCAGGUGCAAUUCAGAGGCAUCUCUUCCAACCAGCUUAUAAUAAAGUCUUGGUACGAACAUUCAAGACAUCAUCACGUUUAACAAAACAGUUUCAUAUUGAAGAACCAGCAACACCACGUCCAAAGUUUCAACUUCGUGAAUAUCAACAGAGAUGUAUUGAUCAGUGCGUGGACGCUUUGGAAAAUGAUAGGAGAAGAAUUGGUGUUAGUUUGCCUACAGGUGGUGGUAAAACCGUUGUGUUCAGUAAUUUAAUAGAUCAAGUGAAACCGAAAAAUGGACAUGGAGACAAAGUGAUGAUUCUUGCACAUAGAAAAGAACUUAUAUUCCAAGCUGCUGCUACUUGUAAAUCUGUUCACCCUGACAAGAUAGUUGAUGUGGAAAUGGCCAAUUAUCAUGCAACGGAGGAUGCUGAUAUUGUUAUUGCAUCUGUACAGACGUUGAUGAGAGGAAGAUUGGAAAAAUUUAACCCGUUGGAUUUCAAAAUGAUUAUUGUGGAUGAAGCUCAUCAUGCUGCUGCAGAUAGUUAUGUCUCAACAUUCAAUUAUUUCGGCAUAACAGAACCUGAUUCUGAUGUGGCUUUGGUGGGGUUCUCUGCAACUCUCCAAAGAGAUGACGAUAAGCAUCUAGCUGAUGUCAUUGAUGAGGUUGUCUUCCAUAUGGAUACUGAACAAAUGGUGACAGAUAAACAUUUAUGUGAUGCCAAAUUCACCACAGUGAAGUUGGUGAAUGCCGAUUUGAGUGGUGUUACAACAAGAGGUGGUGAAUUCGUUAUACCCAAGUUGGCUGCGGCAGUGAACAACCCUGAGAAUAAUGAGCUUGUACUUAGAACAUAUUUCCAUUUUGUGAACACCCAAAAUGUGAGGUCGGCAUUACUCUUUGGUGUGGAUAUUAAACAUGUUAGAUCAUUAGCUGCUUUAUUCAAAGAACGUGGUGUUGAUGCUGAUUUUGUCACUUCAGAAACAAAGGCUCCAGUGAGAAAAGAGCGUAUUGAUAAAUUCAAAAAAGGGGAGCUAUCAGUUCUAAUGAAUUGUGGUAUAUUUACUGAAGGUACAGAUAUACCCAAUAUUGAUUGUGUUUUGUUGGUUAGACCUACCCGUUCCAAAAAUCUUUUAAUCCAAAUGAUUGGUAGAGGUUUAAGAUUACACCAUUUAAAGGAGUUCUGUCAUAUUGUUGAUUUUGUUGGAGUUAACAAUGCGAACGUGAUCUCUGUACCAUGCCUAAGAGGAUUGCCAAAUGACGACCAAAUUAACGAUCUGACAUUAGAAGAAAUGGAG